UCAUCUCUUUUCUGCGUAUGUUUUUGUAAGAAAUAUGUCAGACCAUCAAUUUUGUUGUUGGAAUCAUGAUUCUGAAUCUCAGCUUCACAGCUUUCAAUCAGAUUCUUCCAUAUCUCUAUUGUCUCAGCCAAGCCUCCCAUCAGUUCCUUCCCUCACUUCCCAGCUUCACCUGCAACAAUACUAUCUUUCCAACAUCCAACACCACUGCCUCGCCACUCUAAAAGGCCACACUUCCUAUGUCUCCUCGCUCGCCGUUGCCGGAAAGUUCCUUUAUACGGGCUCUUCUAAUGAGGAGAUCCGAUUAUGGAAGUGUGACGAUCUCAACUCAGAAUUCGAAUAUGAAAAUCUGAAUAAUAACAUACUAGCUGUGGGAAAGGGUGCUGUUAAGUCCUUGGUAAUGUUAACUGAUAAACUCUUCAGUGCUCAUCAAGAUCACAAGAUACGAGUAUGGAAAAUCAAUAAUGAUGAUCCUGAUAACCAGAAGUACACUCGAUUGGCAACGCUCCCGACGCUAAGCGACCGUGCCGUGAAGCUUCUCCUGCCCAAGAAUCAUGUCCGAAUCCGAAGACACAAGACGUGCACCUGGGUCCAUCAUGUGGAUACAGUAUCCGCACUGGCCUUAUCCAGGGACGAGACUCUUCUUUAUUCUGUUUCCUGGGACAGGACACUCAAAAUCUGGAGAACCAAUGAUUUCAAAUGCUUGGAAUCGGUAACAAACGCUCACGACGAUGCGAUAAACGCGGUGGCGUUAUCGGACGACGGAGAUGUUUAUACAGGAUCAACUGACAAGAAAAUCAAGGUGUGGAGGAAACUCCCAGGGGACAAAAGCCAUUCUCUAGUCGCUACACUCGAACAACACAAUUCCGGGAUCAAUGCUUUAGCCAUAAGUCUUGACGGGUCUACUUUAUACUCGGGUGCGAGCGACAGGUCGAUAGUCGUCUGGGAGAAGGACGUCGGCGGCGAUGGCAUGACAGUGGCUGGUGCGCUGAGGGGACAUACGAAAUCGAUAUUGAGCUUGGCUGUUGUGUCGGACAUAGUUUGCAGCGGUUCAGCAGAUAAAACAAUCAGAAUCUGGAGGAGAGGGGUGGAUGGAAACUACUCAUGUUUAGCGGUGCUGGAAGGGCAUAAAGGCCCCGUUAAGUGCUUAGCCGGAGCGUUGGAUCGCCGCGACCGCUCCGACACAUCCUAUGUUGUUUACAGCGGGAGCUUGGACUGUGACAUCAAGGUGUGGCAGAUUGUCGCUCCCCUUCUCUAGAGAGGAAUUGAUGUUUCAUACAACAUUUAUCUCUCCUAGCCAAUUUUCUACAAAGAAAGCAUUGUGCUUGCAAUUUGCAUAU